UACUUAAAAUUUAUCAGCAAUACUCAACCGAUAUUCGUAAUUGCUUUGUGUGAAGCAAAAAAAAUUGUUAGAGUUAUUAUUCAAAUAGUGUAAAAUGCGAGGUGAAAUGUUCCAUUCAAUUCACUAUCUGAGCAGAUAGAUAAAUAUAUAAUUUCAAUUUAUGUGGUUUGAAAAAGAAAAAUGUGAGUGUUCGUUCGGAUUCAGUAGUUGCAAAAAUCCUGCCGGUGAACCGAUAUUAGUGAUAUAAAAACCAAUAAGCUUCGUAUAAGUCGCUCCAACGAAAAUAAAUUUAAUUUGGAAAUGGUAUUGCAACCAAAUCGGAAAAAUACUUAGGAAAAUAUGUCGGACAGGAGUUGCCACAGUCCCUAUAUUAAAAAUUAUUGACUGUAAAUUGUAUGAAGUAUUAGAAGCAGAUAAAUUGUGUUCAUAAUUACGUAAAAUGAGUCGAAAGGAAGAUGCAUGGAACGGUGUUGAUAUUUUUGCAAAUUAUAACUUGUGCGUUCUCUUUUGGAAUGGAAUCUCAGAUAAUAUUCGAAUAUUCGCGUAACAGUGGAAGUGAUACUACCAUCCCAUCUCCAGUAAUUACCGAUGGACCAACAAAUAAAACCGCUCUGACUGACUCCCAAGUAGUUCUACAAUGCUGCGUGAACAGUUUGAUUCGACCGAGCAUAACAUGGUUUAAGAGACAAGAGGGACCACUCACCUCACUGAACGAUACGGCAAACCUUAUUCAGUAUUCUGACAUCCAUGGUGUGUCACACUAUUAUGCUGCAUUAGAAUCGGCAGGCGAAAGGCUUCUACCUGACGGAGUUUAUUUGAGUAAAUUAAUUCUGAAUGGUGUCACCGAGCAAGAUUCCGGUUUCUACGGCUGUGUUGCCAUGAACUAUGGUGGAUACAAAUUUCAAGAAGCUCAUUUAAAUGUUCUGGAUGCAGUAGAUAGCGAAAAUGAUGAGCCAGAGCCGGAUGUACGAAGCCUGUUUUUGUUGUUUUUAAUACCAGUUGGCCUGGCACUAGCACCGUUAACUCUAUGGACCUGCUAUGUGUUGAUCAGAAAACAAAAAUUGAAGCAGGUCGAACACAAAAUAGAUACAAACGGAAACGAUUACGUUCAAGUAAAUCGAUUAAUUGUUUAAUUUAACCAAAAAUGUCACUGCUCUCCGUAAAGAUUUGUCUGAUAAAAUGAAGAAGGAAAAAUUCUGCGAAUAUUGACUAUGGACACACAUAAGUAGAAACAUUUAUUGAAUGUGCGAUAACAAUAAACAACAACCGAAAACUAA